AUGGAUGCUGAUUUUCAGUUCCUGCUUGAGGAUCACGGAGUAGAGCUGAGUGAGCAGCAUGCAGUGGCCCAGCAUUACACGAGCGUCAAGCGUUUUGCUGCAAUCGCUGAUACCAGGGCCAAUGUGAGAACGGCUGUGACAGCGGAUUUCGGCAUCAGGGCAGAUGAUGCUCCGGGUCGUGCCAAGAUGGCUGCUAUGAUCACUGCUUGGGAGGCGGCCAGCUUGAUCAGGGACGAAGAUGCCAAGCUCAGAGCGGAGGCCAAGGUCCUUGGAACGCAGCGGCCCCUGGCAUCAUCAGAUAGGGCAGCUAUGAAGACGGCUCUGGAAAGGGUGAAAGGCCGGUUGCGGGUUACCCGGCAGAAGCCGAAAGGCAAGCUGCCACAGAACACAGAAGAGUUGCGGACAAAGCUCAGGCUGGAGGGACAUGCUUGGGUCAUGUUGUCGUCCAAGUGUCGAGGGCGCCCCUAUCUCAGCUCACUUCAGAUAUCUCAUUUCGACAGAUAUGUGGAAUACCUUCUGGGGGACAAGUGUUACUCCAUGAAAGUGGGUUCUGGGGGCUCGGAUCAGGCUAAGCACUUCCUGUCAGUACCAUGGGGUAUUCUGCUUCAGUACGAGUAUGAGAUGAGGAAGUGGGCAAUCAAGGAGGCGCAUCGUCAGGGCACGGAGCUGGGAGAUACUUUGCACGAGGCUACACGCAACACAGAGCUGAAGGAGCUGUACUUCACAUCCCAAGUGGCUUUGGCUUUGGCACGCAGCGAUCGUCCUGAUGAACCAUGGGCAAAACGGCCGCGUAAGGGCGGCGCCAAGGACGGCGGAGGCAAGGGCAGCCCGAAGGGCGGCAAGGACAAAAACCAGGGAAAAGAUCCUGGGAAAGGCCAGGGCAACAAGGGCAAGAUCCAGCUGGGCGACGCGUGGUACGAGCUUGCCACUCACACUCCGGAUGGUCGUGAGCUCUGCUUUGCCUUUAGUGGGAAGAAAGGCUGUCUCAGCAAGAAGUGUCAGAGAGUCCAUGCCUGCCGCGUUAAGGGAUGUCAUGGCAAUCACCCGACUUACCAGCACGCCGAGAAGGAGAGCCCCUCUUUUCGAGUCUUGUACCUUUUCGCUGGUAAUCCACGAAAGGCGGAUGUUAGAUUCUGGCUCACCCAGUUUUGCACGGCCAGGGGUUUCACUCUGGAGAUGCUUGAGAUCGAUGUCUGCAGAGACGCAUCCAUGGAUUUGCUUGAUGAGGAUCAGGCCCGUCGCUUCUUGCAAGAAAUACAGGCUGGAAGAUGGGACUUUGUCAUUGUCACGCCGCCAUGCAAUACCUUUUCACGGGCAAGGUGCUCCACAAGGACUCCUGGCCCAAAACCAGUACGUUCUCGUCUUUACCCUUUUGGUUUCCCUUGGCUUUCUUCAAAGCUUUUGAAUUUGGUGCAGAACGGUAAUCAGUUCGUUAAGUUCUCAAUUGAGUGCUGCAACGUGGCGCUUCAACGUGGAUGCCACUUUGUCCUGGAACAUCCAGAGGACUUGGGCAAGCUGGCAAACGGUUGUGAUCUAGGUUCGAUUUGGCAAUGGGAGGACGUGCAUCACUUGAUGACACGUGCGGGUGUCACCACAUUUGCUGUUCAUCAGUGUCAUUAUGGGGCUACGUCCCCGAAACCAACGCGGUUCCUGACUUCAGCGGCCUCUGCUCAGCGCAUGAAGCAUACGGGCCCUCCGACCUUAGAUCGGGACGGCUUCUACAUCGGACCCUUGCCGAGGUACUGUGGCCAUCGCAGCCACGAGGAGCUCAUUGGGCUUGACGAACAGGGCAACUGGAAGUCGUCAGCGGCGGCGGCCUAUCCGGAAGGGCUCUGUUCCAUGAUUGCAGAUUUGGUUGGCUCCGUCUACGAGGGGGGUUCCACUCAAUCUUCACCGUCUCCAUCAGAGGACUUGGACUGCGAUCAGCUUUCUCAGCCGUCGGGAGAACAGCUACCGGAAGACUUGACCUAUGAUCAGCUUUUCUCUGGAUGUCAGGGACCUCCCCUGACGGGCGAGUUCGCGGGUCAGAAAGAUGAGUUUGUGGACGGCUUCGGGAGAUGCUCACCAGGCAGGUGGGCGCCUAAGAACCGGGGCAAGAAACUUUCGGAUGAGGCUAGGUCUUUCGCUAUGGAGCUGAAAGAUACAGUGAGGGACUUUGUGAUCCAAGAAAUUCCGGACAUGGCGAGGGCGACUUUUAGACUGGCUACAGGACGCUGGGAAGGACCUCUUUUUAGGGCGGAUGCCAUGGAUGCCUUGAGAGAGAAGUGGUUCAGCAUGCUUCCGGAUCCUGAAAGGGCCAGAGUUCUUGUCCCGCAUCAGCCUUACUUCCUGAGGGCGAUGGCUCAGACGCUGGAACUCCUGGAGGACCCGGACUUUCGAAUCUUGGAGGAAGGCAAGUUCUGCUUCUGCAACGGGGUGAGCGUGGGGCACGUGGAGCCUCUGGGCCCCAAUCCACAGGUGUACCGUCUUCGCCGAAAGGACCAGAAAUAUGAUGAGUCUGAGUGGGAGCCUGAGAUGACGAACUAUCGGGAUGGCGAGGAGACAUCCCGGAUCCUGGAGGAGGUCUUCGCCAAGGAGGAGGCGGAGGGGAGAAUGUUCCCCCUUUCUUUGGCGGAGGCGCGCCGUAGGUAUCCGGGAUCAUCUUUGCGGAUCGCUGCCCAGGGGGCUCUGCCAAAACCUGGUGGGGACUUCCGGGUGAUUCACGAUGGCACUCACGGGGUGCAGGUUAACAAUGAGAUUGUGAUCAGAGACCGCUUGGAAUCGCCAUCAGCCAGAGAGAUCUCCACUGUUCAUCGGGUGUGCAAGGCAGCGGACCAGUCAGUGGUGUUUGGUCUUGUGGGAGAUAUCCAGAAAGCUCACAGGAGAUAUCUGCAUCAUCCCGAACAUUGGGGAGUUCUGGCUUGUAAGACGUCAUCUCGCUCGGAGGUGAUCUGGCUAAACAGGACGGGAACGUUUGGGAUCGCCUCGGCGGCGUUCUGGUUCUCGCGACUGGCUGGACUCACGGGGCGUCUGACUUUGCGAGUGCUCUUGGACACUUUCCUCUUUAUGAUGAUCUUCGCGGACGACUUGCACCUGUGCAGUGGUGGAAGGGAACGCUGGCUCAACUUGUGGAUGGCACUAGCCCUGAUGGAGAUGCAGGGCACGCCAUUCGCCGGAAAGAAGUGGCGAGGCGGUCUACAACUUGAUUGGGUCGGCUACUGGAUGGACUAUUCCAGGUUUCUUUUGGGCAUUUCCGAGAGGCGCUGCCAAUGGAUCUUGGACACCAUUACGGGGCUAGAACAAUCGCUCUGGCUAGUGGAUGUUCGUCGUUUUCACGAACUGCAUGGACGGCUGGGAUUUAUGUCGCAGGUCCUCCCUUGGAUUCGUCCUCUCCUGGCGCCGGGCUACGCCUGGCUGGCUGCGGUGCAGAAAGGGGCGGUUCUCACCUUGCCAUCCAUCAUUCGGUGUGUGCUACGUUUUAUCCAGGAUAAGCUGGAGCGUGGACGGCGCACAUAUGAUACAGGAUCGGGGGAGACGGAGUUGGGCGAGCUCUUCAGGACAGAUGCAGCGUGCAAUGAGUCCUCGGUCGUUCUUGGCGGCUGGUUUUUCUGGAAAGGCCACUCAUGUUGGGUUGCUCCUUGGUUCCAGCUCACCCUGACUCCAUCCGAAGUGCCUUGGCUUUUUAAGGAGGAGCUUGGGUCAUCGUGGGCGAGUACAACUGCCGAACUGCUUGCUUCUCUGGUCGCGAUUUAUAUUCUGGGCCGUGAUUUCAAGGAUUUGAUACGGUCCUCCGGAUGCUUUCGCGCCACUUUCCAGGGAGGCACAGACAACAAGGCGGCAGAGAGCCUCUCCCUGAAACAACUCACCACCAAGGUACAGAGGAAAUGGUGA